AUGAUGAUGCUAGACGAGAAAUAUAUCGGACUAGCUUUAGCUAUCUCGUCAAGUUUAGCCAUCGGCACGAGUUUUGUAAUAACGAAAAAGGGAUUGAUACAAGCAGAAGAAAAGCAUGGCUUCUCCGGCGAAGGUUACAUCUACCUAAGAAACCCCUUAUGGUGGGCUGGAAUGGUAACCAUGAUUACGGGAGAGAUUUGCAACUUCGCCGCAUAUGCCUUUGCUCCAGCCAUUCUAGUGACGCCUCUGGGCGCUCUAUCCGUCCUGAUCGGAGCUGUUCUAGGAUCAUACUUCUUGAAAGAGGAACUAGGAACUUUGGGGAAACUUGGUUGUGCUAUCUGCUUAUUAGGUGCUAUUAUCAUCGUCCUCCAUGCGCCUCCCGACGAGGACAUCCAGACGAUCGACCAAAUCCUUAACUAUGCGAUCAGACCCGGUUUCCUUCUAUAUUGUGCCGUUGUAGCUAUCUUCGCGACCGUCAUGAUCUACAAGAUCGCGCCGCUUCACGGCAAGAAGAACCCGCUGAUCUACCUUUCGAUCUGCUCUACCGUCGGCUCCGUAUCAGUCAUGUCUGUGAAGGCCUUCGGCAUUGCGCUGAAGCUCACCUUCGCAGGCCACAACCAGUUUACCCACGCUUCGACCUACGUCUUCAUGAUCCUUACUGCACUUUGCAUCCUUACUCAGAUGAAUUAUUUCAACAAGGCGCUCAGCCAAUUCAGCACCCAGAUCGUCAACCCUCUUUACUAUGUGACCUUCACUACGGCCACCCUUUGCGCCUCGUUCAUCCUCUUCUCCGGCUUCAACACCACCGACGUGGUCAAUACCCUCUCCUUGCUUAGCGGGUUUCUCAUAACCUUCACCGGCGUCUAUCUUUUGAACUUAUCCCGACGAGACCCCAACGGGACCAAGAUUCUUGCCGGACAAGGCACCGAUGCUGCUGGUACCGACAUGAUAUCGAGUUUGCAGACGCGUCUUAGCAUGCAAGCCCGACGAAGUACCGGCUCGCGGAUAAGCAUAGGAAGUCGGGGACAUUCCGAUAGAGAAGGGCUCAUGCGCGCAUACGAUUUAGAACAGGCAGCAGGCGAUUUCAGCCUCAACGACCUUGCUGAUGAUAGCGACGACGAACCGUCGUCAAGGAGGAACGGUACAGCCGCACGCUCAAAGAAAGGCCACGAGUCGAUCGAACUACAGAACCGGAGAUCGUCCGAGCAAUAA